UGACUCAGCUAAGAUAUUAUUUGAAUCAUCUCAUACAGUGUGACAUGUAAUAUUCUUAAAACGCCGCCGUACUCGCAGUCUAAAGCCGGCUUAAGUAACAAAGAGUGUAGAUAUGAGUGUGAUGCAUGAGCAUGCUCCUGUCAGGACCUCCCUUUUCCGUACAAACUCAGUGAGACAGAUCCAAACACUUCAAGCCGUGGCUCAGUAUCAACUUUAAAAUAAAUGUGCUUGUACAUUGUCUUUAGAAGCGAUCUAACCUUACUGAAAAAGUACUGAUAUACCUUUUUCAGGUCUCCGUUCAAACAGCUACUGGCCUUUUUUAUAUUUUCACCACCCUACCCUCUUAUUACUAUAAGGAUCAGGUAGGCAGAUAUUAAUUCAUUUUUAUGUUUGCUCCAAAUGUUUGUCAUGUUUAGAUGUUUCAUUAUGAUUAUUUUUUUAUUAUUAUUAUUUAUUUAAUCUCGUGGUGAGCAGUGCGUUUUACAUUCUAGUCAUUUCAGCAAAACCGUCGUCAACCACAGCUUCUAAAUGCGUUGUUUUAAGUUUAAUGAAGUGAUAAAUCUCAACCUCUGUAGGCGCUGAACACAUUAAGGAUUGUCUCCUCCUCAUCCUCCUCCCCUCAGCACCCUGUGUUUGUGGUCAGCCAUGUGGGAUGGAGCUUAAAUAAAAAAAUGUAGCCUAACCUCUUGGGAAAGAGGACUCCAUAAAACAAGACAUUUUUAGUCUUCCGAAAGGAGAACAUACACCAUCAACAUUUACUCUGAAGAAGGAGAAGAAGUCAUGACAUGGCUACUUUUAUCCAAAUUAACCUAAUUUCCUUAAUGAAGUCAAUGGAAGCUUGAGUCUUUCAACUCAUCUGUAAGGAAAGGACAAGGAGGGUUUUUUUUUUCUUUCUUAACUUCUCAUUUUGGAAGUUGUUUAUGUCACCUCAGGAGAGGUGAAAGGAACACAAGGAGAAGGAACAAGUGUUUGUGAGGAACAUUUUUACCUCAGAAACCCAACUUUCCUCACGAAGGCUCUGAUAUGACAGCAUUCGGGAAAUAGUCUAGAUUUUCAGUCAGUUGUUUGAAAGUGAAAAGUCGGCUAUUACCUCACUUUCAUUAUAUUUCAUGUUUUUUAUUAUUAUUAUUAUUUUUAAAAAAUGACUAAAUUGGAGACUACAUUGAUAUUUUGUUCGCUCGCGCUGCUGGCGUUAACGUGCGUCGAAGCCAAAGACUCGGAAGAAAAAGCUAACGGCUUGCGCGCGCUGAACGUCACGGCCGCGCGACACUCGCGCGCGCCGCCGCCAAUGUGCACGGGACCCACAGAGAUCCGGGACGCGUUCAAGUACAUAAACGCGGCCGUGUCGUGCCUCGUGUUCGUAGCGGGGCUCGUGGGGAACUCUGCGCUGCUGCGGAUCAUAUAUGCGAACGAGCGCAUGCGCAACGGGCCCAACCUGCUCAUCGCGAGCCUGGCGCUCGGUGACCUCGUACACGUCGUAAUCGGCAUCCCCAUUAACGUGUACAAGCUUCUGGCUGAAGACUGGCCUUUUGGUGUUGGAGUCUGCAAACUGGUUCCUUUUGUGCAGAAGGCAUCAGUUGGCAUCACAGUCUUGAGUUUGUGUGCAUUAAGCAUAGACAGGUACCGUGCGGUAGCAUCCUGGAGCCGCAUCAAAGGAAUCGGAGUGCCCAAAUGCACGACCAUCGAGAUCAUAGUGAUAUGGUUGCUCUCCAUCAUUCUGGCAGUGCCUGAGGUCGUCGCCUUUGACAUGAUCGCUAUGGAUUAUAAAGGAGACCACUUGAGGAUCUGCCUGCUGCAUCCCAUGCAAAAGAGCCAGUUCAUGAAGUUUUAUAAAUCAGCAAAAGAUUGGUGGCUCUUCAGCUUUUACUUCUGCAUGCCACUGGCCUGCACUGCCAUCUUCUACUCUCUCAUGACCUGUGAAAUGCUGCGAAAGAAGGACAGUGUGCAGAUUGCUCUGAACGACCACUUGAAACACAGACGAGAGGUGGCCAAGACCGUGUUCUGCUUGGUGUUGGUCUUUGCUCUGUGUUGGUUGCCUCUGCACCUGAGCCGUAUUCUCAAACUCACACUUUAUAAUGAGGACGAUCCAAACCGCUGUGAGCUUCUGAGCUUCUUCCUGGUCCUUGAUUACAUUGGGAUCAACAUGGCUUCAGUGAACUCAUGUAUCAACCCAAUAGCCUUAUAUAUGGUCAGCAAACGGUUUAAGAGCUGUUUCAGGUCUUGCCUCUGUUGUUGGUGUCUGCCUCCUGAUGUGUUGGCAGUGGAUGAACAGCAGUCCUGCAUGAAGCUGAAAUCGGCAGAGCACGGGUCAGAACAGAGCAGCAGCCGAAUCACAAACAAGUACACUUCGGUAUAAGCGCUAACCUGAGGGCAGUUCUGUAUAAAUUAGUAAUAUUUGUAAUACACACUUGUUGACCUCCAAUCACCACUGAGACCUGUGCAUCAUCUGCACCACUGGCAGCACUUGCGCUGAGGUUGUCUCAAGCAGUAGGUCAGAACACACUUAAAAUGUAUAUAGUCAUAUUGUCUUGCUACCUAGUAAACCAUUAUCAGCUCUCAGUAACAUAUAAAUAGUGUAAUCAGAUGAAACACACCAUGUUGUUAAAAUCCCCAUGAUGUUGACAUGAUCUCUUGAAACUCCAAGGUGUCAUGUCACACACUUCACUUGAGUUAGUAAAGUAAUCUAAUCAGCAUAUUAAUAUAAACCUUGCAGCCCGAGCCACUCUCAAUGCUGCUGUUAUAUAAAAUUAUUCAUUAUCUUCUGACCAAUCGGAUUUGAGUAUUCAACAACACUGAUAGAAAAUCGUUUCAAAGGUUGCUAUAGUAGGUUGAAUAUAACGCUUAAAGGUGUGGGAAAAAAUGGAUAAAAAUUCAUCUCAAUGUUCAUAGGCAAAGCUGCAGGCAUAUUUUUCCUCACUGACAAGAGCAAACAUACUUUACGUCUUCUGUUAGCUUGGUACAAUUGUAGUAUUAUAUGGUUCACUUUUGUACAGAACUAUUACUAACUCUGUUGUAUUAUUAUUUAAUCUAAUGAUGUUGCUGCAUGUUACUUUAGUAUCACAUAUUUAAAUCAGUCACUGUGAUUUUUUUUUUCUUCAUUACUUUUAUGUAUUUUCGAAGUUCCAUGAAAUGUCUUGACUGUAUGAUUUGACUAUAUGAUAUUACAUCGGGAUUUGACUAUAUGAUCUUACAUACACAUUACAUAUAGGAACACCUGUACAUGCUCAUUUAUGCAGUUAUCUAAUCAGCCAAUCAUGUGGCAGCAGCACAAUGCAUA